UUAUGUAAAAUAAAGCGAGACGAACAGCCGUGCGACCGGACGUGUUUGACCGUUGAUUUUGAUUUUUAAUUCCGACGCGCUGCAAAGAAAGCAAACUAAACACGUACAAGGCGCUGUGUAAUUAUUUGUAUACCAAUUAUAGUACACAUUCCUGCAAUUAAACGCGUGUAUUCAAAGUAAAUCAUAAACAGGAUUGCAAAAAGUGUUAAAUAAAAGCGACGCCGCCUGCUGCAUUCGAUGGAAUUCGUAUAAUGCGUGCGAGCGCUUGUGAAUCUACGUAAGUGUGUGUGUAAAUUGUGACUGUGGGCGCUUGUCUGUGUUCUUUUGCGCGCCGCUUUUUAAUUGACCAAAGCGUUGUUCAAUUUAAUUGUGCAAAAACAAAGAUGCUAUGGCAUUGGGCAUUAUUCAAGCAAUGAGUAAAACAUAGCAAACAAACCGUCAUUGAAAAAACAAAGAAAACUAAACACGAAAGCUGUAGAGGUCUGUUUUGUGCGUGCAUUAGUGUGAGUGUGUGUGUCUGUCCAAAAUUUAAUGCAAUUCAAACGAAAUGGAGACCAUCGAGGAGCAAUCAAAAACAGAAAUGUCCAUUAUGUCAAAGCUGCCCACACGCAUCUGCCUGGUGGGCGAGGCUGGCAAAGAUGCGGACACGCUGCAGGCAGCCGAGAGCUUUGGCAUGCCUGUCAUCCAGUCGGAGACCGGUCUGGACAUCAUCAAUGAUAUGGAUUGGCGCACUUUCUAUGUGCUGCAGGACUUCGAGGACGAGAUCUUCGACACAAUACACAAACAAAAGGAAUGCAUUUUGGGUCCACCCGCUUUGAAGUAUGCGGCAGAGAUGAAACAGACACUGGGCCAGAAUACGCGGCCCAUUUACAACUAUGCAAUGCGCGGCGUGGUCACUUGCUUCACGGGCAUACGCAAAAAGGAUGAGCUGACUAAACUGGUAAAUCUCAUACACUCCAUGGGCGGUUGCAUCAAGAAGGAUUUGAAUACAAAAACCACGCAUCUGAUAUGCAAUCACAGUGGUGGCGAAAAGUAUCAAUACGCCAAAACCUUUCGCUUGACGGUGGUGCGUCCCGCUUGGGUUUAUGCCGCUUGGUCAGCACGCGAUUCAUUGGAGUUUGAGGCCACACAGGAUAGCUUUACCAAGGCGCAUCGUUUAAAGGCAUUCGAAGGCCAGAAAAUUUGCUUCUUUGGCUUUCCCGCUGAGGAGCAUCAACACAUGGUCGAUGUGCUCUUGGAGAAUGGCGGCGUUUGUGCCGAACUGGAUGAUCCGGAGUGCUCGCAUGUCGUGAUGCCCAAUACGGGCGCUGUCCUUACAAGCACUAGCACUAGCACUACUAGCACUGAUACUAACCACAACACUAACACUAAAAACCAAAUAAGCAGCAGACCCUGCCACACAGCCACACCCAACCGCAAAACGGACCUAGACUUUGCUGAUGUGGACGAACAGCAAGAGAGGGAGGAGGAGGAUCAGCUGCAGCAACAGGAGCAGCAGCCUGUGUCUGAUAAGGAGAAUCAGUCAGAUGAACUCGAUGACAUACAUUUUGAUGUGCGCUUGUUUGUGGAAUCCGGCGAUAUACAGCAGCCUGAAGAGCUACCGCUGCCCGACUCCGCGGAUGAGGAAGAUGUUCAGGCCAGUACACCGAAGAGCAUCAAGCAACAGCCAAGCAUCAUUAUAACCGCAGGCACGCCCACCAGCUGCAGUGGCAGCCCAUCGGCCGCAGAUGAGUUUCAGACAAACGCAGAGAGCCUGUCGCCCAUAUUGAUAGCGCCUGCCAAGCUGCUGACCAUCGAUACAAUUAAUGAAUGCGACAUGGAAACGGAUGACUUGACGGCAGCCGCUGCCGAGAAUGAUCUGAAACGGAAACGCGACAGUUUUGACAGCGUCUCGCUGAUGUCUGUGGACUCAUUUGCUCUGCCCGCGAGCACCAAGAAACCAAAGCUCAUACGCACUGGCUCCAUAACGCGCACCUUGAAGCGCUCCAUGAGUUUCGUGGCCGAUCGCACGCCCAUCAUCAAAACGCUGCGCACACGACGCAGCUCCAUUGCCGUUGCGGAUGCGUCCACAUUUCUGGGCAGCGAGACAAUCGAGGCGGAUGAUUCCAUGUGCUCGCUGGCCAGCAUUAACAGCACGCUGAACGAAUCGAUACGGAAACCGGUCAAAGCAUUGCGCAGCAUUUGCGAUCGCAUCACGCGCAGCAGCAGUCGCCGUGCGGAGCGCGAGGCCACGCCCGAAUGUGGGCCGCUGGACAGCGGCUUCAAGACGCCCAAGGCGCCGUUGCAACGAUUUGGCGCUAGCAGCGCCUCGGCCGCCAAGAAAACAGCAAAGCGUCUAUUCGGUCCGGUUGGUGGUGGUGCAGGUGGGAGCUGCUCCCUAACAUUUUCAACUAACAAUGCUAGCAAUCCCAACCCCAAUUCCAAUUCCGAUACCAGUACCAAUGGUAAUGCCCUUGUCAGUGAAACAUCCUCUGCAAUUGCCUGCUGUGCUGCUGCCACAGCCAUGUUGCCCAUAAAAGUCACAUCAUCUAUAUCAACAACAACAACAUCAUCAGAAUCAUCAACUUCAAUAACAUCAUCAUUGAUCGCUGUGCCAAUGGAUGCUCCCAAGCUGACAACGUCGACACCGCCGCAGGGCGACUGCAACGCGUUCGCUGCCGAUGAGCAAAUGGUCGUGGACGAGCACACGACUGUGUCGAAGCCGGAGCCCAAGAAUCAUAAUACGCACAUUCUGAAAUCGGACUGGUUCUGGUAUACCAUACAGAAUGGCUAUGCCAACGAGAUGGAUUAUCUAUUCGGCGAUUAUUUGGAUAGCAUUACGAAUACGCCGAGCACAGAUCGUCGCGAUUCGCUGCCCAUUAGCUUUAACAAGCGGAAACGGAAGCGUUUCUCACAGCGCAUACAAUUGGAGGGCACACCCCUGGGCACGGGCAAGCGGCGAUCUUCGGUAUCGGAUGCUGGCCUAUUGUCCGUUUCGAAUAGCUUCUUUGACUGCACCACCAGUCCCGAUAAGCUGGAGAAUGAUAAGCUAUUGCUGCAUGUGGAGCCAGAAGCUAGCGAGGCCACGCCCACCAAGAAAUCCAUGCGAUUUAAUCACUUUAUGGACUUCUUUACCACAGAGUCCAACUAUGUGGGUAUACUGGAUACCAUAUUGAAUCUGUUCAAGAACAAACUGGAUGAGUUGGCCGAAACGAAUGAUUCGCUGCUGAAUAAAUCAGAGAUCAAGUCAAUCUUUGGCAACUUUCUGCCCAUACACGAGGUGCAUCAGAGCAUGCUGGAGCAUUUGCGCAAGCUGCAUGCCAAUUGGCGGGAGGAUUGUCUCAUCGGGGACAUCAUUAUCCAGCAUCGCGAUGAUCUGAUCAAGGCAUAUCCGCCAUAUGUGAAUUUCUAUGAGCAGAUGAAGGAACAGCUGCAGUACUGUGAUCGCGAAUACCCACGCUUCCACGCCUUCCUCAAGAUCAACCAAACCAAGCCCGAGUGUGGACGUCAGAGCCUACAAGAUCUAAUGAUCCGACCCGUGCAGCGUUUACCCAGCAUUAGCCUGCUGCUGAAUGAUAUACUGAAGCAUACUAACAGCAGCAAUGCGGAUCAUGCGCGUCUCGAGGAUGCACUGAAGGCCAUCAAGCAGGUGACGCUGCACAUCAACGAGGACAAGCGGCGCACGGAAUCUCGCAUGGCCAUCUUUGAUAUAUUCAACGAUAUCGAUGGCUGUCCAGCACACUUGGUUAGCUCCAAUCGCAGUUUUAUCUCCAAAUGUGAGGUCAACGAGCUGUCCGAUUCACUGAGUGGGCGUGGCGACAGCCUAUUGCUCUACUUGUUCUCCGAUUCCAUAGAGCUAUGCAAGCGUCGCUCGCGGGGCUUCAACACGGCCAAAUCGCCGAGCACGGCCAAAACGCAUAAGCACAUAAAACUGAUAUCGCUGAAUACGAUACGCUUUGUCAUUGAUAUUACGGACAGUCCGCGUGCCUUUGGCCUGCUGCAGCGUGGCGAUAAGGAGAAGCUCUACACCUUUAGUAUCAUUGACGAGGAAACGGAUAAGCUGGUCUAUCUUAAAAAGUUGUGCAUGCAAAUUGCCGCGCACACGUGUCGCACAGAUGCUGACAAAAUGAUGCUGAGUCGCACUUCACUGGAACUGGAGGUGGACAUCAGCGAUGUAAAUGUCAGCACGUUGAGCAAGGCCUUUAAAUUGGCUGCAAAAACGCGCCUCAAGGUGGGACGCGCCUUUUCCUUUAACAAAACGCCCAAUAAGCUGAAACGUGCGGUAUCCACAAUGAUGACAUCGCCGUUUGGCAGCACCAAUUCGCUGACGCCCGCCUCGCAGCUGGCACAGAUGCGUCUGGCCAGCUGCACCAACAUUAAUGAAGUAGCUGAUGAGGAUUGUGCCAGCAUGCGCAGCAGUUCACCAUCUACGCAGUCCGAGCUACUGGUCGUGCCGCCGCUCUCUGUGCAGCCAACGCGCAAAAACAAGGCCGUUGUCGGUCGAAUUUAGCCAGCGAUGCUUGAGUCUGGCCCCGGCUAAUGCUCAACUCACCCAAUAAGCGUAUUCCAUAUGAACUCUUUAGUAGGCCUUAAGUACGUCUCGAACACUCACUUGUGCCCAUGCGUAAUCAUGACUGUAUUGCAUACUUUCGAUAUUCGUAAUCUCACAAAAAAACCAAAACAAAA